UCGGAAAACAGGGAUAACUGCAUCUCCACUCCACCUUGAUCCGUCGUCCACAAUCAAAUGGCGCGAAUAGUUGGCGCGACAUUUUGGAAAACACCCAGAUUGGCGCCUCUUUUUCUCUAUGAUAGGGUUUUCAAGUCCUCAUUUUACUCUCACACAAAUCCACUGCGUGCGACUUCUCAUUCUCUUCGAGUAUUCAGAAUGGCCCAAGCAGAUGAGCCAUCUCCGAAGAUGCAGAACGGCGUCAAUGAAGCAUCGCAAAACCCUAUUCCACUCAUUAGGGUGAAAAAACUAUCUGAGAAGGCUGUGUUGCCUUCACGAGCCUCCUCUCUCUCUGCCGGCUACGAUCUCUCGAGUGCGAUUGACGCUAAGGUACCAGCCAGAGGAAAAUCUCUAAUCCAAACUGAUCUGAGCAUUGCAGUACCGGAGGGAACGUAUGCUCGUAUCGCACCAAGAUCGGGACUGGCUUGGAAACACUCGAUUGAUGUAGGGGCGGGUGUAAUUGAUGCUGAUUACAGAGGCCCAGUUGGGGUUAUAUUGUUCAACCACUCUGAUGUCGAUUUUCAGGUGGGAGUGGGUGACAGGAUUGCCCAACUGAUUAUUGAAAAGAUCAUGACUCCGGCGGUUGUGGAAUUGGAGGAUCUUGAUGAAACUGUGAGAGGAGAUGGAGGUUUUGGAUCUACGGGCGUCUGAUUCUCUUUAGGAACUGUCAAUGACAUAACAUAUGUUUCUUCGUUUGUUGAUGAGUUGAAAGUAGCCUCUCUCGGGUCGGAUUAGUUCAGUAAUUUUGUCGAACACUUGGUAGGCGUCAGCCCUCCAUUUUUGCUGUCCUGUUUCAGAUGUUAAAGUCUCUGCUUUGUAUAGUGAUGGUUAUGCACUUCAGGAUAUUGGAUUUGUGUUCUUCCUUGUAUCGAAAACAAACGAAGAAAAAUGCAGUUGUUGGGAUUGUAUUAUGAAUCAUCAGUUGUAACUGAAGCUUUCAAACA